AUGGUCUAUUCCAAGCCUAUUGGUAAGAAAGGAGUCGAGAUGGAUCAUUUCACGAUGCGGAACCAGCUUCGCGACAUGGUUCGCCAGGGUGGUUUCACGUCCAGUGACUUACCCGAGGUCGUUGUCGAGGACAGCGAGUACGACAAGGAGCCUGGCGGUGCCCGCCUUGAUGGUGCCCCCUACAGCACCAACUCGGAUAAGAACCAAGGCCAGGGCAAGGCGAAGACUUCCUCCAACCUCAACCCUUCAUCCCCCACUUGGGUCCCUACAACCAGUAACUCUCGCCACAACAUCAGCAAGAUCGAUCAGCCUGAAAUUGCUGAGCUUGACGGGACUCCGAAGCUCAACAUCACUGACAACACGACUUCUUAUAACGGCCAGCACCUUCAGAAUCAAUCCAUUCCUACUACCAAGUGUCACGUUGAGGUCUCAGGUCGCGCAAACUCCCCCAAGCACUCCCUCUACACCAAUGUUUUGAACAGCACUGGUUCUUACCCUGUUGUUCUAGCCAUGAACGAACGUCACGCCGCUCAGCCUACGAUGAACAACUCUCAGGUCGUCUCUGCUAGCUACCAGAACGGCCAGUCCAUCCCCAUGAUGGCGACCUAUGGUCAGCUCAGUGGCAGCGCCUCUAUGGGCAGCCUUGAUCAUCCAAACCUGGUUCACCAGCACAGCAAUGGCUUGCAGUACAGCCAGGGAGGCAACGAAGCCGAUAAUCACUCUGCUGUCGUCAGUCCCGGCAGCGACACUUCCAAGGCAGUCAAAAACAAUGGUCUUAUGACGGAGCCUCGUAACUUCGCCCCGCGCACCACUACGAACCUUGCUCGCCUCGGUGCUCCUCCCAAGUUCAACUUGGAGAAUGACCUGCACGGUAACAACGCUCCCGCGGCGGAUGCGCAGGACCCGUUCAUUGUUCCCAACUCUCAGGGAGGCUCAGUUCAGCAGCCCAUCUUCGGUUUGCAGAUCGACACCACCCAUUUGCUCGCGACUGGGCAGAUUCCAUUCCCCGCCCCCACGGGCGAGACCCUGAACUUUGAUGAUCUCACUCGCGCCGACUAUGCGCAAUCUACCCUGAACGAUGUCCAGAUCAAUCAGGUUCCGCAAAUCUUCUUUGGCAACGGAGGUCAUGUCAUGAACGCCCAUACGACCCAGAACAUGACCACCCAGGGUUCAACUGCUCAGGACCUCGCUUCUAGAGGCGUCACUGCUCAAGGCGUGCCUGUCCAGCAAGUCGGUGACAGCAACGCUCUCGUCAACAUGCGGGCAGGACCUUACCAACCUCUCGCGGGAAACAACGCAACGCUCGUCCCCUAUCAGCUUGGUUAUCCAAUUCAGAACGCUGCUAUGUCUUAUGGUGCCCCCGUUACCGAUUACAUCCGUGCUCAACGAUCAGCGGAGUUGAACAGACUUACGGCUGGCCCCACGGGCCUUCCUACCGCCCAGAUUGCACUGCAUGAGGCCAACUUCCCGUUUGUCGAGCCUGCCACUCGCCCUGCUCACUUUGUGGUUCGAGGUGUCGUCAAGAUUGGAAACAUUCCGUUCAUUACUAACCGGGCCGAGAUCAUCGCCGUCCUCGGCCGCAACUCCCGCAUCCUUAACGAUACGGAAGAGCCUGUCCACAUCAUCAUGGAGCGCAUAACCGGCAAGACGACGGAUGCGUAUGUCGAGUUCCAUACUCUGGAGGAUGCUUCCAAGGCUGUCGAGAAGUAUCAGCAAAACAUUGGCCGUGGCCGUGCCACUCGCAUCGGCCAGCGUCCAGUUGAUAUUGAGCUCUCGAGCCAGGCUGCCCUCAUGAAGGACUUGUUCCCGUCUGCCAAGGGUGUCUUCUGGGCCGGAACCAAUCCCCAGAUCCUCCCCAACAACGACGAGGAGCCUUGGGGCAAUUUCAAGGGCUUCGUGUCCAACGAGGAGAUGACGAUGCUUGUGAAGCACGUCGAGGUGCCCCAUCGAUCCCCUUUCUCCAAGGAGUGCCCUCAGCGACCUUUCGAGUGUCUCAUCAGCACCCUCACCAAGUUCCCUUGGCAUAUGAAGGCGAACGUUACUGUCCAGCAGCGCCACGCCAUUCACAAAGCGACCUGCGAUCUCAUCAGAAUCCUGGUGAGCAGCAUUCAAGAGAGGCGCGACGAGCUCAACCUUACUCAUCGCCUGCUCAAGCGGGUCGUUACCGCGGCGAUGCGUUGCGAGGGCUUCUCAGCUCUCCAGAAGGACGAUAUUGCCUACCUGGUCGGCAUGGACGAGAUGGGGCAGCGCGCCUUCGGUCAGCCGCGCUUUGCCGAGGCCUGGCGCCACCUUUACGUGCUGGUUCCCAAGACAGGCGUUCCUUUGGACGUGAUCGAGUGGUACGUUGCCAUCAUCCGCGAGGAGACCAGCCGUUUCCUGGAGAUGCAGUCGUUCCAGGACAAGGUGCAAACCCGUACCGUUGGCAACGAGACGGAUGCCUACUUUGGCUUCUUCUGGCGCGAGCUGAACCACCCCGCGGGUCCUGACUUUGACAGAAUGACUCUGGCGCAGCUUGCCAUGCACGAGUAUCAGACGAUGGAGUCGAUCAUUCGUCGCGCAUUGACUCAUACUAACGUCCAGUAA